AUGAGCACCGUGUUCAAGGCACUCUCCCUAUGCGUUCUUGCUGUCUGCUGCUUCUUCCUCGGCAGCUCGCAUGCUUCAGAGGUCAGCAGCCAUGGCGAUGAAGGGCCGCAGCAGGUGUACAUCGUGUACAUGGGUCAUCAGCAUGAGCCGUCAGAGUUACUGGCUGGUGGCUUCUCUGCAGCAAAAGCUGCUCAUCACGGCCUGCUCAACAAGGUCCUCGACGAUGGCAGCGACGCUAUGGACAGGAUCAUCUACAGCUACACGAGGAGCAUCAAUGGAUUCGCGGCCAGGCUGACCGAGGAGGAGAAGCGGAAGCUGUCAAGCAAGGAGGGCGUGGUGUCCGUCUUCCCAAGCCGGACGUACCACCUCCAGACCACCAGAUCAUGGGACUUCCUCGGCUUCCCCGAGACGGCCCCCCGGAGCCUGCCCACGGAGGCGGAGGUCAUCGUCGGCAUGAUCGACACCGGCGUGUGGCCGGACUCCCCGUCCUUCUCCGACGAGGGCUUCGGCCCGCCGCCGAGCCGGUGGAAGGGCGUCUGCCACAACUUCACCUGCAACAACAAGAUCAUCGGCGCCCGCGCGUACAGGCGAGGCUACACGACCCUGUCGGCGGUGGACACCGCCGGCCACGGCACCCACACGGCGUCGACGGUGGGCGGGCGUGUGGUGGAGGGCGUCGACCUCGGCGGCCUGGCCGCCGGCUCGGCGCGCGGCGCGGUGCCGGGCGCCAGGCUCGCCGUCUACAAGGUGUGCUGGGACGACUUCUGCCGCAGCGAGGACAUGCUGGCCGCGUUCGACGACGCCGUCGCCGACGGCGUCGACCUCAUCUCCUUCUCCAUCGGGGGAAAGCUCCCGGCGCCCUACUUCGAGGACGCGCCGGCCAUCGGGGCGUUCCACGCCAUGAGGCGCAGGGUGCUCACCUCCGCCGCGGCCGGCAACUCCGCGCUCGACGGCGGCCGCGUCGACAAUGUCGCGCCAUGGAUGCUGUCCGUCGCCGCGAGCAGCACCGAUCGUCGACUCGUCGGCAAGCUUGUCCUCGGCAACGGCAAGACCAUUGUGGUGAGCCUCUGUACACCAUGCACCGAUUUGAUCCUUUUGGGAAAUCGUUGCGUAACAUGCUCCUGCAAACCGGAAUUACUGGCCGGACAAUCAUACAGGGGAAAGAUCCUUCUCUGCGCGAGUGGAAGUGACGGCACGGGCCCUCUCGCUGCUGGCGCCGCCGGCGCAGUCAUCGUCAGCGGCGCUCACGACGUCGCCUUCCUGCUGCCCCUCCCUGCCCUGACGAUUAGUACGGACCAAUUCACCAAAAUCAUGGCAUACUUCAACAAGACACGAACAAUGCUUGCUUUGCUAUGUUUCUGCAGCAACCCUGUGGGCACGAUACGCAGCACCGAGACGGCCUUCGACUCCAAGGCGCCCAUCGUCGCCUCCUUCUCAUCUAGAGGGCCAAACUUGAUCAGUCCAGGGAUUCUCAAGCCCGACCUGUCUGCGCCGGGGAUCGACAUCCUGGCAGCAUGGACGCCGCUGUCGCCGGUGUCGGGCAACCUCAAGGACAACAGGUUCGCGCCGUACAGCAUCAUCUCAGGCACGUCCAUGGCGUGCCCCCACGCCACCGGCGUCGCGGCGUACAUCAAGUCCUUCCACCCCGACUGGUCGCCGGCGAUGAUCAUGUCAGCUCUCAUCACAACAGCUACGCCGAUGGACCCGUCGCGCAACCCGGGCGGCGGCGAGCUCGUCUACGGCGCCGGGCAGCUGAACCCGUCGCGGGCGCACGACCCGGGCCUCGUCUACGACGCGCGCGAGGACGACUACGUCCGCAUGCUGUGCGCGGAGGGGUACAACUCCACGCAGCUCCGCGCCGUCACCGGCUCCGACGCCACGGCCUGCCAUGCCGCGGCGACCAGCGGCAGCGGCAGCGCCGCCGACCUCAACUACCCGACGAUGGCGCACCUCGCCAAGCCGGGUAAGAACUUCACCGUCCACUUCCCGCGCACCGUCACCAACGUCGGGGCGCCGGGCUCCGUGUACACCGCCAAGAUCGCUGGCUUGGGGCCAUACAUCAGAGUCGCCGUCAAGCCGAGGAGGCUGGCGUUCAGCAGGCUGCUUCAGAAGGUGUCUUUCACCGUGACGGUCUCCGGAGCCCUGCCGGAUGCCAACGAGUUCGUGUCGGCUGCUGUCGUGUGGUCUGAUGGUGUGCGUCAGGUUAGGAGUCCGAUUAUUGUGCACACAGUGGAUGUUGAGUACACACCUAAGUGAGGAUGAGG